AUGACAGAAGAGUCGCUCCUUGAAGGCGGACGAUCGGCACGUAAGAAUUUACAGGAAGCGGGCUUCUCGGAUGAUUUGAAACGAGCUCUGGAAGAGAAGAUCAAAGCCACUACAUUCAAAAGCGAUAAUGCGCAGGCUUUUUCUGUCUUAGAUACACCAGCAAGCGCAGGAAAAGGUACUCGCGAACAUGCCAUGGCAGCACCUUGGCGCGGAACAGAGAACGUCCAAGACACCACACUUCGAAUGCUCGAUGACGCCAAAAAGCCUAUCCGUGUCCCCUUCAAGAUCCCAAGUCCCGCGAUGCCCGUCAACGUGAAUCUGAAGCCCGGGGCGAAGGUUCGCCACUCGACCGGAAUUCGUCUGGCAAGCGCUCGGGACAAGACACAAACGUAUGCUCUCAGCCAGAGCUCGGGUUUAUCAGAUAAGGAGAGAGAAGAAAUAAGAAGUCAGCUCACUGCGCGAUUUGAGGCUGGAGCACGCUCUUUGCCCAUGACGUUAUCGGGGCUAUCGUCACUUGCAAAUGAGCGAAUAGAAGAUGCCAUUGCACGAGGUCAGUUCAAGAAUCUGCCCCGAGGGAAAGGCAAACAUACAACGACAGAUCAUAAUGCGAAUAGCGCAUUCAUUGAUACAACGGAGUAUUUUAUGAACAAGAUCAUCCAGAAGCAAGAGAUUGUUCCGCCAUGGAUUGAAAAACAGCAGGAUCUCGCUCGAGAAAUCGGCAGGUUCAGACAAAGGCUACGAACAGAAUGGCGAAGACAUGCCGCAAGGAUGAUUUCGAGCCAAGGGGGUUCUUUGGAAGAACAACAGAGACGCGCACGCGGAUACGCAGCAGCAGAGGCUCGAUUGAUAGCAAAGAAGAAAACCGAAACGUCGCUUGCAACUUUUAGUGAGGGAGAGGCGGUGAUUCUGCCCAGUUUUUCUCAGAUCAGUCAUGAUGGUCGAAUAACUGCUGGGCCACCAAGAGCUGUACCUGUGCCGAGCACAGAGUCGGCAAAAACUAAAACAGAUGCAGUUGUAGUUUCUGAGGAUACCACCACGUCAGAUGAAACUGGCGAGCUACUUCCGCAUUUACCUCCACUGAGAGACCCGGAUUACAUGUCUAUCGAGCGAGGCUGGCACGAGCUGCAGAUCAAGAAUAUCAACGAUUUGACGCGGUCGUACAACUUACAAGCGCCACGACUUGCACAGAAACCGUACUUGAGUCUAGAGCGAGAAUUAAACUCAUGUUACGCAGAUGUAGCGCCGACGCUGGCCGAUGAGCUUACUAUGCGAGCAACUGCUCCUCGAAAGGCGGCGACGACUACUGUCCGGAAGCCAGCUGGUAAUCUGCUGGACGAUAUAAUACAAUCCAACCAAAACGUGCGAGUGUACGAUGAAGAUCGAUCCAAGGGCUAUGGAUUGAAAGAGUUUUGGCGAGACCUUUGGAAAGGAGAGAAGGCGACUUAG